CCGCUGACAAACAGGAAGGGACGUUCGUUGUUUUUCGGACCCAUGUCAGGGCUUGUCCCCAACUCCCUGCUGCUGCUGCUGCUGCUUCUUCGCCACGAGUGACAUUGGCUGCAGAAACUGGGCGCGCACGCAAAAACCGAGGUUAGUGUCACCUGGCACGUCGUGCCGGUGCUGAUAAGGAGACGGCUCCGAUCCGUAUAAAAGGGGAACCCUCCGCUGUUGUAAAGGCAGUCCAGCAGCGAGCAGAGUUCUGGGAAUAACAGCCCAGCUCUCUCCUCUCUUCGGACUCUUCCAGGACUCCUCUCGCCUACUACUGAACCGCCACCGCUCAACAAACACCGCAAACAUGUGGAAGCUACUCCUGGUGGCUUUGGCGUUUGCCCUAGCAGAUGCGCAGUUCCAGCCGGGGAAGGUUUACCGCUACUCCUACGACGCCUUCUCCAUCUCUGGGCUGCCCGAACCUGGCGUGAACCGCGCGGGACUCAGUGGCGACAUGAAGAUCGAGAUCCACGGGCACACGCACAAUCAGGCCACUCUGAAGAUUACGCAGGUGAACCUCAAGUAUUUCUUAGGACCGUGGCCUUCCGACUCGUUCAACCCGUUGACAGCCGGGUACGACCACCUGAUCCAGCAGCUCGAGGUGCCCAUAAGGUUCGACUACAGUGCCGGCCGCAUCGGAGACAUCUACGCUCCGCCCCAGGUCACCGACACCGCGGUGAACCUUGUCAGGGGAAUCCUCAACCUCUUCCAGCUGUCCCUCAAGAAGAACCAGCAGACCUUCGAGCUCCAGGAGACCGGCGUGGAAGGUGUCUGCCAGACGACCUACGUCGUCCAAGAGGGCUACCGCACCAACGAGAUGGCGGUGGUGAAGACCAAGGACCUGAACAAUUGCGACCACAAGGUUUACAAGACGAUGGGAGUUGCCUACGCUGAGCGCUGCCCGACCUGCCAAAAGAUGAACAAGAACCUGCGCAGCACUGCCGUGUACAACUACGCCAUCUUCGACGAGCCCUCCGGUUACAUCAUCAAGAGCGCACACUCCGAAGAGAUCCAGCAGCUGAGCGUGUUCGACAUCAAAGAAGGGAACGUGGUCAUUGAAUCAAGGCAAAAGCUAAUCCUGGAGGGAAUCCAAUCUGCCGGGGUAGCCAGCCAGGCAGCUUCUUUGCAGAACCGCGGUGGACUCAUGUACAAAUUCCCGUCGUCAGCCAUCACUAAGACGUCGUCCCUCUUUGUGACCAAGGGAAAGAAUCUCGAGUCAGAGAUCCACACCGUACUCAAGCACCUGGUGGAGAAUAACCAGCUCUCCGUCCACGAGGACGCGCCCGCCAAGUUCCUCCGUCUCACCGCCUUCCUUCGCAACGUGGACGCGGACGUCCUCCAGUCAAUCUGGCACAAGCUCCACCAGCAGAAGGACUACAGGCGCUGGAUUUUGGACGCUGUCCCAGCCAUGGCCACGUCCGAGGCACUGAUCUUCCUGAAGCGGACGCUCGCCAGCGAGCAGCUGACCUCGGCCGAGGCCACGCAGAUCGUCUACUGCACCCUGAGCCAUCAGCAAGCCACUCGCGAAUCGCUCAACUACGCACGGGAAUUGCUCCACGCCAGCUUCAUCAGGAACCGCCCCAUGCUGCGCAAGACCACAGUGCUGGGAUAUGGCUCUCUCGUCUUCCGCUACUGCGCCAACACCGUCUCCUGCCCCGAUGAGUUACUGCAGCCGCUCCACGACUUGCUGAGCCAGUCAUCAGACAGAGCCGACGAGGAGGAGAUCGUCCUGGCCCUCAAGGCAUUGGGCAACGCCGGGCAACCCAGCAGCCUCAAGAAGAUCCAGAGGUUCCUGCCGGGGCAGGGCAAGUCCCUGGACGAGUACUCGACUCGGGUGCAGGCCGAGGCCAUCAUGGCCCUGAGAAACAUCGCCAAGCGAGACCCGCGCAAGGUGCAAGAGAUCGUGCUGCCCAUCUUCCUGAACGAGGCCAUCAAGUCGGAGCUCCGGAUCCGCUCUUGCAUCGUCUUCUUCGAGUCGAAGCCGUCCGUGGCGCUGGUCAGCAUGGUCGCCGUGCGCCUCCGUCGUGAGCCCAACCUGCAGGUGGCGAGUUUCGUCUACUCUCAAAUGCGCUCGCUGUCCCGAAGCAGCAAUCCCGAGUUCAGGGACGUUGCCGCAGCCUGCAGCGUGGCCGUCAAGAUGCUGGGCUCCAAGCUGGAUCGCCUCGGAAGCCGCUACAGCAAGGCCGUGCACGUGGACACGUUUAAUGCGAGGACCAUGGCCGGUGUCUCUGCUGACUACUUCAGGAUCAACUCCCCAUCCGGCCCUCUGCCUCGUGCUCUGGCAGCCAAGAUCCGCGCCCAGGGCAUGGGCUACGCUAGCGACAUCGUGGAGUUUGGACUGCGCGCCGAAGGUCUCCAGGAGCUGCUGUACAGGGGAAGCCAGGAGCAGGACGCCUACGGCACGGCCAUGGACAGGCAGACUGUGCUGCGUAGCGGCCAAGCCACGAGCCACGUGUCCAGCAUCCACGACACCCUGCGCAAGCUGUCGGACUGGAAGUCGGUCCCUGAAGAGAGGCCGCUUGCCUCAGGGUACAUGAAGGUGCAUGGGCAGGAGGUGGUGUUUGCAGAGCUUGACAAGAAAAUGAUGCAGCGAAUCUCACAGAUGUGGCACAGUGCACGUUCGCAUCACACGGCGGCGCAGGAGCAGAUCCGCGCGGUCGUGAGCAAGCUGGAGCAGGGCAUGGACGUGCUCAUCACCAAGGGCUACAUCGUGUCCGAAGUUCGCUACAUGCAGCCCGUGUGCAUCGGCAUCGCCAUGGACCUCAACCUCCUGGUCUCCGGAGUGACCACCAACCGCGCCAACCUUCACGCAAGCUUCUCGCAAUCGCUGCCCGCGGACAUGAAGCUCGCAGAUCUCCUCGCCACCAACAUCGAGCUGCACGUGGCCGCAACUACCAGCAUCUCCAAGCAUGCCGUGGCUAUCAUGGGACUCACCACGGAUCUGGCCAAAGCCGGGAUGCAGACCCACUACAAGCUGAGCGCAGGCCUCGGAGUCAACGGCAAGAUUGAGAUGAACGCCAGGGAGAGCAACUUCAAGGCGUCAAUGAAGCCCUUCCAGCAGAAGACCGUCGUGAUGCUAUCAACCAUGGAAUCCAUUGUGUUCGUGAGAGACCCCUCUGGCAGCCGUAUCUUGCCCGUGCUGCCCCCGAAGAUGACCUUAGACAAGGGACUUACAUCCCAGCAGCAGCAGCAGCCACACCAUCAGCAACAACCACACCAGAACGGCCAGCACCAGGCCAGAGCGGCCUACCAACGCCCAUGGGCUUCCCACGAGUUCUCGUCAGCCGAGCAGAAGCAGAUCCACAACAUCAUGACGGCGCGCCCCGUGAUGCGCAGGAAGCAGCACUGCUCCAAGUCGGCGGCGCUCUCCACCAAGGUGUGCUUCUCCGCCCGGCUCCGCAACGCCGCGUUCAUCCGCAACGCGCUGCUCUACAGGAUCACCGGAGACUACGUCAGCAAGGUCUACGUCCAGCCCACGAGCAGCAAGGCUCAGAUCCAAAAGGUGGAGUUCGAGUUGCAAGCCGGACCCCAGGCGGCUCAAAAGGUCAUCCGCAUGGUGGAACUGGUGGCCAAGGCAAGCAAGAAGUCAAAGAAAAACUCCACCAUUGCGGAGGAGGGUGUUGGAGAAACGAUCAUCUCUCAGCUCAAGAAGAUCCUCAUCAGUGACAAAGACAAGGAUGCUAAAAAAACACCCGGUUCUUCGUCGUCAUCUUCAUCGUCGUCAUCGUCGUCGUCGUCGUCCUCAUCAUCAUCAGAUAAGCGCGGCAAAAAGAAUCCGCGCCAGGGCAGCACCGUGAACCUGGCUGCCAAGGGGGCCUCCAAGAAGCAGCGCGGAAAGCAAUCCAGCAGCUCGUCGUCCAGCUCGUCCAGCUCGUCGGACAGCUCCAAGUCGCCCCACAAGCACGGCGGGGCAAAGAGGCACCACGCCGGACACGGCGCCCCGCACCUGGGACCCCAGUCGCAUUCCUCGUCCAGCAGCAGCAGCAGUAGCAGCAGUAGCAGCAGCAGCAGCAGCAGCAAGCCGUUCAGCACCGUCAAGCCGCCCAUGACCAGGAAGCCCCGUCCCGCCCGCAGCUCGAGUUCCAGCUCCAGCUCCAGCUCCGACUCCAGCUCAAGCUCCAGCUCCAGCUCCAGCUCAAGCUCCAGCAGUAGCAGCAGUAGCAGCAGCAGCGAGAGCAAGAGCCUCGAGUGGCUUGCGGUCAAGGACGUGAACCAGAGCGCAUUCUACAACUUCAAAUACGUCCCCCACAAGAAGCCCCAGACUUCCCGCAGACACACUCCUGCCAGCAGCAGCAGCAGUAGCAGCAGCAGCAGCAGCUCCUCUUCCAGUGACAGCGACAUGACUGUCAGCGCCGAAUCGUUUGAGAAGCACUCGAAGCCGAAGGUGGUGAUCGUGCUGCGUGCGGUUCGCGCCGACGGCAAGCAGCAGGGCCUGCAGACGACCUUGUACUACGGCCUCACGUCCAACGGGCUGCCCAAGGCAAAGAUCGUUACCGUCGAGCUCAGCUAUCUCAGCGUGUGGAAGCUGUGCGCCAAGUUCCGCUUGUCCGCCCACAUCAAGGCAAAGGCUACAAUCGGCUGGGGAAAGAACUGCCAGCAGUACCGCGCCAUGCUGGAGGCGUCGACUGGCAACCUCCAGUCACACCCUGCCGCCCGUGUGGAUAUGAAGUGGGGCCGCCUGCCCAGCUCCUGGCAGAGAGCGAAGAACGCACUGCUCGAGAACAAAGCCCCUGUGAUUGCCUCCGAGCUGGAGAUGGAAAUCAUGCCAAAGAAGAACCAGAAACAUCAAGUCUCUGUCAUCUUCGCAGCCAUGACCCCCAGGAGAAUGAAUAUCAUCGUGAAACUCCCCAAGGUCACUUAUUACCAGCAAGGCAUUUUGUUGCCGUUCACCUUCCCCUCACCAAGGUUCUGGGAUCGUCCCGAAGGAUCCCAAUCCGAGAGUCUUCCAGCUCAGAUCGCCAGCGCCUUCUCAGGCAUCGUCCAAGACCCCGUCGCCUCUGUGUGCGAGCUGAAUGAACAAUCCCUGACCACGUUUAACGGCGCCUUCUUCAACUAUGACAUGCCCGAGAGUUGCUACCACGUGCUCGCGCAGGAAUGCAGUUCCAGGCCUCGUUUCAUCGUUCUAAUCAAACUCGACUCCGAAAGACGUAUCUCUCUUGAGCUCCAGCUCGAUGACAAAAAGGUGAAGAUUGCGAGCAGGAACGACAUCAGAGUCGAUGGUGAAAAGGUGCCCUUGCGCCGUCUUUCCCAAAAAAAUCAAUACGGUUUUCUGGUUCUGGAUGACGGAGUGCACCUGCUGCUCAAGUAUAAGGAUCUGAGAGUGUCGUUCAACUCCUCAUCCGUUCAGGUGUGGGUGCCGUCGUCGCUGAAGGGACAAACGUGUGGUCUGUGCGGCCGCAACGACGACGAGCUGGUGACUGAGAUGCGCAUGCCCAACUUGGAAGUGGCUAAAGACUUCACAAGCUUUGCGCACUCCUGGAUUGCACCGGACGAGACCUGCGGUGGUGCCUGCGCCCUGAGCCGGCAGACAGUGCACAAGGAGAGCACCUCCGUCAUCACCGGGUCCCGCGAGAACUGCUACUCCACCGAGCCCAUCAUGCGCUGCCCUGCCACCUGCUCAGCCUCCCGCUCCGUGCCAGUCUCUGUGGCCAUGCACUGCCUGCCAGCCGAGUCCGAAGCCAUCUCCAUGGCCAUGUCUGAGGGCCGUCCCUUCAGCCUGAGCGGCAAGAGCGAGGACCUCGUGACCGAGAUGGAGGCGCAUGUGUCUUGCGUGGUGUAAUUCGGCUCUCGCUAGAGGAAGAAAAAAAUCCACCCCAUGCAAUCACUGACACCAACCCUCUCCCGAGCCCGAGUGGCAGAUCAUUCCAUGGGAAAAAAAAUCUAAACAAAGCAAGUGUUUGCUUAGCGCAUUAAUUCGAAAAAAUGCUCACACAAUGCCUAAACCUUCCAGCGGUCAGCUAACAUUAUUAAUACUUUCAAUGUAUGGAGUAGUGCAGAGAUAUAUUGUGUUGCUGUGAGUUUUUCCAGUCUUAAUUCAUGAUUGUGAUUUGAGUGGAUCUCUAAGAAGGAAUAAUCCACAGUUAUAUUAUGUCCUUAAAUGUAAAUGCGAAUGUAAAUCACAUUGUUUUGGUUUUUGGAAAUUGUUUUGCCUUAACACUUGAUUUUGAAAUAAAAAAAAAUUACACACAAA